UUUGGAAAAUGCCAAGCCGGAGGUUUGCUGAUGGCGAGGUGGUGAUGGGCCGUUGGCCAGGAAGUGUCCUGUACUACGAAGUACAAGUGACUAGUUACAAUGAUGUUUCUCAUCUUUAUACUGUUAAGUACAAAGAUGGGACUGAACUUGAAUUGAAGGAAAGUGAUAUAAGGUCACAGUCAUCGUUCAAGCACAGGAAGAGCCAGUCCUCUUCAAGUUCUCCCUCCAGAAGAAGUACUAGCAGAUCUCGAUCUAGAUCUCCUGGUCGGCCAGGAAAAGGCAGACGUCGUUCUGCUUCACAAAGCAGAGAACAUAAAGAUGACAAAAAGAAAACCAUUCAGGAAACCAACUUGGUUGCACUUAAACCAAGUGAGAAUAACACCAGAAGCUACAAUGGUGAACCU